AAUACUGUUGGUUCAAAUCAACAUCACACGUAUUCAAAUGGUACUUAUGCAGGAAGAAAUACUGUCACACGUAGGAUUUCAUACCAUGGUCAAAUGGGACAUAUUAUGAAUCCGAAUGCUGAAAUGCCUAAUGGUAAUCAAAAUCAUAAUAAUAAUAAUCAUAGUAAUAUCACAACGAAUGACCAUUGUAACAAUGCAGUUGAAAGCAUCAAUAGAUUGAACUCAGUAGAUUGA